GUUUUAAUGAGGUACCAGUGAGGAGAGGCGGUCACACACACACCCACACCCACAACCCAAUCCACACUCAGACUCGCUCAGGCAUUCAGUCAGUGAAGACAGAUAUGGCUAAGCAGAGCUGAACUUCUUGUCAGUCAACAUCCGGACAUUGAUCUUUCCCUCAUUUGGUGUCACUUCUUUCGUUCUCUUUUCUCCUCAUCGUUAUGCACUUCAAGUGGGAAAUAAUUGAAUCACCACCAGAGAAAGGAACUUUGCUCCAAUGACUCUAAAAGUGGACUCUACUCUUUUCUACUUGCCUAGGUCAGCCAGAUGAACACACACAAACCAGCCCACAAAGCCAAGGCUAGGCAUUUGUGCUUUCUCGUCCUAUUCUGCUUCCCUUUGGCGUGGGCUGGCGUCCCUGGUCCAUGUCGGCACUCUGUGACAAAGGGUCACCUCCUCAACCUCAAUCGCCUGAUUGACAAUCAGUUGGAGAAUGGCUGUUCAAUAACCUAUGUAUUUACUGAGCUCCAGAGUUUGAGUGAAGUCUGUUAUGUGAAAGCAACAUUUCCACAAAUCCUGGAGCUUCUGAACACAAACUUCAAUUAUGUCAUGAAGUCGGACAAUGGGCGCUAUGUCAAAUCCCUGAAGAAGGUCAUAUACAACCUUUACUCCCACAACUGCAUACCCGAAAUCAACGAGGAGAUUGAGGACAACCCAGUGAAGUUUGUGAGGGUGCACAGCACCUCACCCAGAGAGGCUCUGAGGAAAGCCCGUGGGGUCAUUGAGAUGUACAUGACCCUGAUGACCAAGAGCAACGGGCCUGUUGACUGGAACUGUGAGGAAGAGUACGCUGAGGAUUACUCAGAAUCCGCCACUGUCCUCCCCACCCAAACCAAAGCUGAACCUGAACCGGAACAUCAGUGUGCAUGUCCAACAGUGGGUCCGGUGGCCCCUGAUGUCUCCCUGGUCUCCCACAGUGUAUGGAGCAAUCUCCCACAGCCCACCCUCUCCCAACCCACCUCAGCCAUGCAACCCAGGCCUCCUCACCCAACCGUGGGUCCGGUGGCCCCUGAUGUCUCCCUGGUCUCCCACAGUGUAUGGAGCAAUCUCCCACAGCCCACCCUCUCCCAACCCACCUCAGCCAUGCAACCCAGGCCUCCUCACCCAACCUUGGGUACCCACAGCGGUGACCCUGGGGUGUUCCUAGGGAGUCCUGGUACCGUAGGACCCCCCUCCCUUAGGGAGCUGCAGGUGACUGUCCCUGAUGGACAUUCACUUGGAGAGGGCAGGGAGGGGGAGUUACACUGGGACUCUCGUCCACCUCCACCCACUGGAACUGAGUCAGACUCUGCACUCUAUAAAACAGGCUCUAACCCCCCUUCUGCUACAGACCACCCUUUAGUGUCUUCCCCUCCCAGCCUAGUUCUCCUGGAGACUGUUGGCUCCAAGGACAAGGCUUUUUACUACCCCCAGACUGAAAGGGCGAUGGAGGCUUCUGCAGACAAACCAGCAGGGAGAGGAGCAGCAGGUUCACCCCACAAUCUCUUUGCUGUCCCUAGGGUCAAGCUGGUCACACCUGUCCCUUUCUUGUACAAGGCUCUCAUCACCCUCAGUAGUGAUGAGAGCACUGCCUAUGUGUUGGCCAAGAGGUCACUGGACGCCAGGAACUAUGGAAUAUAUCAGGAUGGAGUUUCAACAGAGACCCCUCAACUACAGGAGACUACAAAAACAUACCCAAGCACAGAGAGAUAUUCACAUGACUGGAACCAUCCGAUUGGGAGCACUGCGACUGAAGCAUCUCCACAUUUGAAGAUGACAGAGGAGGAGCCAGACAAACUACACACCACUACAAAGGUCCUGGGCCAAAUCAGGAAAACUGAGUCAAAACAUACUAGGACAUACUAUGAGGAAGUCUUGAGCACAGAUAUCCUGUCAGAGAAGACAGAUGUGGAUGACACUCCUAUUUCAGAAAUGCCCAGUGAAGGCGCAGAGAAGAAAUUCCAGAAUAGGAAAACUGGUCAUUACGAUUCCAGCACCUACUACCAGACAGCCUUUAUCAUUGCAGCCAUGUGCGGUGGAUUUCUCCUCAUCACAACACUAUUCAGUGAGAAGAAGAGACUCCGAGCCCUUCUCCACAGUGCCAACAUAAUUGAAAACCAGAGGGCAUGCCGCAACAUUAAGGACAUUGAGCUGCAGUAUUAUAAAGUCAAGGAUUGAGAGAUCUGGAUUGGUUUCAACUGCCAGUAAGAGACCAAUAACCACCUAAUUUGUCGAAUAAGUGGAAGACAUGGACAUUUGGCUGAACUAUUUUACUCGUGUCACUUUUGUAUAUAAAUAUCUAAGAAUAUCUAAAGUAAUCUAUUUUUAUACAAAUUAAGUUUAUUAUUGCUUGAAAUAUUGCUGGAUUUUUUUUUUACAGAGAAUCUUAUGGUAUCAAAGUUAUACAAUAUUGGCCUGCUUCCAUUAUUUUUUUGUUUAAAAGGUUUGAGUGAAUUUGUCGCUCAUAGACUAUUUGGACGGUGUCAUGUACAACAGAAAUAGUGUGGACCAAUCCAUCCUCCAAAGACUCUUCAUCACGGCAGGAGUUAGCGACUUCACCUAACUCUGAUGCUUUUUUCAAUGUCCUGCCAUCAAACAUCUCCAAUCGUGACUGAUAGAUCCUCACAGUGAAAUGCACAGUUCAAGAGGGGAAGAACCUCAUUUUUUAUUACAUCGGCAUCUGUGUUUGGAUGUGUCUCCUAAGUCAACAUCAAAAUGAAGAAAGUCUGUGUGACUGAAGCACUCCCAUGACAUUGUUGAAUGGAGUUGGGUUCUUGAGCCAAAGUAAAACCAGGUGCCAUUACCUCAAGCUGACAGAGGGAUGUAUCUUUGGGGAUAAAUAAAUUAAAUAGAAAAAAAACGUUUUUAGUGAACUCCAUAAAUGCAAUGAUGCAUCAUACUGGAUUAAUUUGCAUUUUAACAUUACUCUGUUUUGUCCCUUUCAAAUUAUGACCUGUUUCUCAUGCCAUGUUGUGCUGAUACCAAUGAGAAUGUAUGACAAUCUCCAGCAGUGUGUAAACCUAUUAGAGCGCUCCAUUCCCAUACAGUGAAUCAUAUCCAUAUACAAAGGAUUGUGUUAUAGUCAAGUGGCGUGAGUUGAACAUGUUGUUGGUCCUUUGUCCCUUUCAAUUGCUUAAUUGGGAAGUAAGAGAAUGCAAUUGAAGUGCUGCUAAUUGCUGACUGUGCCUAGAACCUUCAACAAGCACUACACAAUUAAAUAGAAACUGCAAUUCCAUUUUCAGUUUGUUACCUAAAUUAUGAAAUGUUUCAAUAUGACUUGUGCCCUGUAAUAAGUGCAAAUGAACAUCUUGACAGUGCUAACUCAUAUGAGUCACCCUUGGAUGAUGCUGUAUUUUGGAUCAAUUGUGUUGAUUCAAUGCAAUGUAUUAGAUCAUGUUAAGCCCCAGGAUCAUGUAUGUAUUAUUUUAAUACUGUAUACAAUAAUAAUAAUACAAAUAAUAAUGAAGAUUGACAUGGAACUGUUAAAUAUUUAGACUCUUAUGUACAAUUGCAGUAAAUAGAAGUUGAGGUGUUGUCUGUUCAUAUUGGUCUUUGCUUAGGCCACGAUUCAAUCCAAAAAGGUGUUAGAGUCAUGUUAUAGUGCGUUUGACAUAAAGGAAAUAACCGAUUGAGCUGACAUAUGCAGCGUUUACCGUCAAUGCAAUCUCAGCAAAAGUGUGGACAUUGCCUUAAAAGCUGCAUUGUCUUUAGAUUUAGGAACUUAAUUUGAUCACCCUGUUGUAGAAUAAUUUAAAACGUGUGGUGUUUUGAUGUUUAAAAAGGUUUCUGAAGUUUGUAAUUUCCACUUUGAAAUGUCAGACUUGAUUUUUCCUUAAAAAUGUAUCAACCCCUACAAAAAUGUCCAUACAUAUUAAUCCACAUUAUAAUUGACAUGUCCUGUUGCUGUAGCAAACCAGCUCAUAUUAAGAUCCUAUAUCUGUACGUGUGAACGGCUUGAAGCCUUAGUGUCUAAAUGCAGAAAGAACAAUAUAUUAAAGGAAUCCUCAAUAAAAUUGGACUGGAAUGAAUCCCUGGUUUUGCCUGUUAUUGUGAUGAUUCUGUUCAGUUCGUUAUUGCUUUGAUGUCUUGGACGUAUGAAAAUGUCACCAAGGUAU